AUGCAGCCUUCAAUACCAUCAUCAUCAUCAACGACAACUGUCGCCCGCACCUUCUCGACCACGAGCCCCCGCCCAACAAAAACCGUCAAGCCGCACCGCCUCCCCAGCGACCUCAUCCCCCCCUACCCCUACGGCGAGCGCCGCAUCUACAAGCAGUCCAACGCGGGCCUCUACGGCGCCGCCCGCAUCCGCUUCGGCAACAACGUCGCCCCCAAGCACAACAACAAGUCGCGCCGCUUCUGGCGCCCCAACGUCCACGUCAAGACGUUCCCCAUGCCCUCCCUGGGCGCCCGCGUCAAGACCCGCCUCACCCUGCGCGUCCUCAAGACCAUCCGCCGCGAGGGCGGCCUCGAGAGCUACCUGCUCAAGAGCAAGCCCGCGCGCCUCAAGGAGCUGGGGCCCGGCGGCUGGAACCUGCGCUGGCUGCUCAUGCAGAGCCGCGCCGUGCAGCAAAAGUUCAACGACGAGAGGGUCGCCCUCGGGCUCGAGCCCCGCGAGGUCGAGGACAGGGACGAUGUCAUUCAGUAUGCGCUCGACUACGCCACGCCCGGCCCGUUGAGCUUGAGGAGCCAGGCGACGCUGGCCGAGAUGAGGGCUGCGCUUGAUCACACCUUUGUGCUGGGUGAUGAGGACUUGGCGGAUCUCGAGGGCAUCCAGGAGCUAUCCGAUGAGGAUGAGGAGCUUCUGUUGCGAGAGCUGGAUAGGGCCGAGGAAGAGGCGAGAUCAAGAGAGCCCAAAGUGUAA